AUGAUGCCUCUCAUCGCACAAAACCCUCAACCCAGAGUGAUUCUCGGGUUGAUGACCUUUGGCCCAACCGAAGCCAAGGGUGCUCGGAUUACCUCACUGGAUGAGUUCAACAAAUGCCUUGAUUACUUCCAGCAGCAAGGAUUCAACGAAGUCGAUACCGCCCGUGUCUACAUCGACGGAGAACAGGAAGCAUUUACAGCCAAGGCGAACUGGAAGUCGCGUGGACUGACUCUGGCCACAAAAUGGUACCCGAGUCAACCCGGCUUUCACAAGCCGGAGGUCGUCCGUGAGAAGUUGGAGCUUUCUUUGAAGGAGUUGGGAACCGACACAGUCGAUAUCUUCUAUCUACAUGCAGCAGAUCGCGCCACUCCAUUUGCGGAAACUCUCGAGGCUGUUAACCAGCUGCACAAGGAGGGCAAGUUCGUACAGCUAGGUCUGAGCAACUUUACAGCCUUUGAAGUGGCCGAGAUUUGCAUCCUUUGUGCUGAGAGGGGAUGGGUCCGUCCCACCAUUUACCAGGCCAUGUAUAACGCGAUUACACGCAACAUUGAGACGGAGCUCGUUCCCGCCUGCCACAGGUACGGUCUUGAUAUCGUUAUCUACAAUCCGCUGGCCGGUGGUAUUUUCUCCGGAAAAUACAAGUCGACAGAUAUCCCUGCCGAAGGUAGAUACAGCGACUCGAGCUCUGACGGACUCAAUUAUCGCAAACGUUACUUUAGAGAUGCCACAUUCGAAGCUCUGAGUAUCAUUGAGCCCGUGGUAGAGAAACACGGUCUCACAAUGCUGGAGACGGCUCUUCGCUGGGUCCACCAUCACUCUGCCCUGAGAAUGGAUAAUGGCGGUCGUGAUGGAGUCUUGGUGGGAGUCAGCAGCUUCACCCAGCUUGAGACUAACCUUGCCGACCUCCAGAAAGGUCCGCUCCCGGAAGAGGUCGUACAGGCCUUGGACCAGGCUUGGGUGGUUGCCAAGGCCAAUUCUCCCAAUUACUGGCAUCUCGAUCUAGAGUAUACUUAUGAUACUCAGAAGGCGUUAAGCCAACUAGCACCUUCCCUCCCCAUCGACGUUGUGGCUUCGGAUAGUUUUGAGCUUUCAGAGCCGCGGGUGACCUCUACCCCGGACUCGGUCUACGACUUCGACUCUGACGACGAGAUGGUUGUCAAUCGCCCCCCAUUACACCGACCAACAGACGGCCGCUCGCAACAACCCCUCCUAAAAGAUGAUCAUCAUCGCCGGUCUCGCUCCAGCUUCGGCCAUGGCGAUGCGGAAGGCCGGCCCAUGCUGCACGAAACCAGACGGCCGACAAUCCGGAGUAAAAGUCCGGAACACGACGCUGCCCAAGCAACCCGCAAGAAGUACAUGGUUGCGUCUGGAUUCCUCCUGCUCAGUUUGAUUAGCUUCGUCGUUCAAACAGAGACAGCUUCAUACAUUCAAAAUGAGUUGGGUUGGAAGAAGCCAUAUUGCAUGCUCUAUAUGACACACGGGUCAUGGUCCUUGCUCUGGCUGGUCCAGCUAGGUAUCCUUCGGUUACAGAAACGCAAGCUCUCGUGGGAUGCUUUCUGGCGGCGCCACAUCUCUCACAUUCGCACCACUGCGCAGAUGGUAGAAUCCCAGGAAGUACAUCUAAGCUCUCGCGCGUCCAAUCGAUCCCCGGUCCGCUAUAUGUUGGGAACCACCGCCUUUGUGACUACUGCGCUCACAGUCGCCGGAGGAUCGUGGUACGUGGCAGUCAACAUGACCACUGCCAGUGACCUCACGGCAAUCUACAAUUGCUCGGCCUUCUUCGCGUAUGCCUUUUCGAUUCCGCUAUUAAACGAGAAAUUGCGGUUCGACAAGGUCUUUUCCGUGGCCGUAGCUACCAUAGGUGUUAUGGUCGUUGCCUACGGGGAUCGACCUGAUAAGAAGCCCUCAAAGGGAGGCGAGACCGUGGAAGACCGCGCGACGCAGAACAGGUUGCUCGGAAACGUCGUCAUCGGCAUUGGAAGUAUCCUCUAUGGCCUUUACGAGGUGCUCUAUAAACGCUUCGCCUGUCCUCCGGAAGGUACCAGCCCUGGCCGGGGUACGAUCUUUGCCAAUACUUUUGGCAGUCUGAUUGGGGUUUUCACCCUGUUAGUAUUAUGGAUUCCAUUGCCAUUUUUGCACUGGACAGGUUUGGAGACAUUUGAAUGGCCAACUGGUGAGGCAGCAUGGAUGCUGAUCAUCUCCGUGGGUGCCAAUGCUACAUUCUCGGGCUCUUUCCUUGUGCUCAUCUCCCUCACAUCACCCGUUCUGUCAUCAGUAGCCGCUCUCCUUACCAUCUUCCUCGUCGCUCUGGUGGACUGGUUCCGAACCGGAGACCCCCUUUCUAUGGCCUCUAUCAUUGGUGGUGUUUUAAUUAUGGUGGCAUUUUUCAUGCUGAGCUUCAGCACAUAUAGAGAGAUGAAUGAGGAGCGGAAGAAGCACCUAGAGCAAGAUGAGGUCGAGUCUGACAGUGAUGCAUAG